GUAGACAAUUUUCUCCAUUAAACUUAACGAGGUUAAUUUUUAUAAGUAUACAUAUGUAGUAUAUGUACAUGCACAUAUACAGGCAUCGACGGAAUCCGUAAAAGAAUAAAUUUGCGCAAAUAAAAAACGGCGGAAUCGGCGGAAUAAAGCCACGACUAAUCACGAGCGUCCCGCCAAUUCUGCACUAUGGGCUUCCGCUUUCCGUUUUUCCGUCAAGGUGUGAACCCGGCCUGAGGAUGCGAUUACAUAGCCGCGGUACGCGGUACAAUAACUAAUAGUAACUAACUAGGCAACUAGGAAAUCGCGUAAUUAGUAUAUAGGCAGCCAUGGCCGUCAAAACAUCCCCACCACUCCAUCUUCGGCCCCGGGAGCGUAACCUCUUUGGGAAAUGGCGUGCUCUGAUUGCAGCGUCGUCAUAUCCAGCGAUACGUCGUGGAGUUUUGGCGAAAUCGUAAGAGGAAUCUUGAGUCCAAGGGCGGCAAGCUGUAGUUUUCGAAAUAUGUUCCUAUACCGUGUUCGUCAAUGUAGAAGACGACCCAGUGCCAGGUCGAUCGUGAUAGCUGUGUUAGCGACAAUGGCAGUUGACUUCGUCCACACCCUUGGCAAUCGGUCGGCAGAUGGAAAAACGUGCGAAGAAAUAAAAACGAAGUUGGAUGCCGUCUAUGGGAACUCUUCACCAUCUAUGACAACCGUCAUAGAUAUUGGUUCAACGAAUUCAAACAUGAUCGUUCGUCUGUUUUUGAUGAGGAGCGCCCAGGCCGCCUGGCAGACGUGGUUACUGAGGAAAUCGAUACCGUUGAAAAAGUCCACGACAUGAUUCUCGCUGAUCGCCAAACGAAAACUAAGCCGACCUAACGGGUGUCCUCCACGAUACGGAAUCGCCCGGUCUACUAUGAAACAAAUGUUGGAAUUUAAUAAAACGAACUUUUAAUAAAAUUUUCUUUGAUUUAUUUUAAAAAAUAUG